AUGACACAUACAAUAUUACAUUUCCUCCCAUUUGAACUUCAACUUCAUAUAUUAGGAUUUCUAAAAGUUCCAGUGGAUAUAGUUAGCUACCUUGCUAUACUUCCUCACUUGCAACACGAAUAUUCAAAACAUGUCAGGGUUAUUAUCGAUAUUCCUCGAAAUCCUAUAUAUUCAUCAUUACCAGAAGAGUGUCUCUUGUUUUUGAAAUCAUUUAAUAAUAAUUCGAUUGUCAAAGCUAUUCAUAGAUUUAGGGGGUUAGUCAUAGUGGAUCUUGAUAUAUGUGAUACAUUUGCUUUAAUGGAUCUAUUACCUUUGGUCUACGAGAUUGAUGAGCACAAGAAAAAAACUGUCCUUGCAUCACAUUUAUCAUUGAAAUUUAAUAUAAGAAAUGAUGGUUUUUCUGAUAUUACAAAUGGGUACACCGAGUCCUUUUUGAGGUGUAUACGCAAUAUCCAAGAUGGUGUAAUAACUUAUUUGAAGGUACCAUUUAGAAGAGAUCUCUGUUUACGUGGCUCGUAUGACUCUAUUUUAAAGAUUCUAGAGCCUUCAUAUAUGGUAAAGAGACUCACUAUUAAAAAUACUAACAUCAAGUGCUUAAACACCAAUAGACCAUUUCCCAGUCUUGACCACUUGAAGCUUAAUGAAGUAGGAGAGGAAUUUAGCUUUGACCCAACAUCAACUUUACCAAAAAUCUUAUCAAUUGAGAAUUGUAAAGCUGAGAUUAAGUUGAAUUCACAUAUGCUCAAAGAUUCAUUUACGAUUAGCUAUGAUGAUUCGGCUGAGAGGGAAGGAACAGGAAUUGCAUCUUUAGAAGACAUCGAAGCUCCAAAUUUGAGACUUUUAAUGAUUAGAGGCUCAAUGUCACUACGUUCUAUAAGACGUUUGAACGCUAAAUUAUUAACAUUUCUUGAUAUCAGUUCACCUCAUAUUCAAUUUGACUUAGGGCCAAUGAUAACAAAAGAUGAUAUAUCCAUCAAUUUAUCACAUACUGGACCUGCUCCUUUAUUGGUUAAUUAUAUUGAAGAUGAUUAUGAUUGA